AUGUUUAGGAGGAUGCAACUGGCUGAACAGGCUGCCUUGAAACAAGCAAGGAACCCUUUGCAGAAAACAAUGAUUUUCAAUGCCAGAGCUAUGGCCUUGCAGGCUGCUGACCCAUCGUCGUCUUACAAAGACAACUUCUUGAAAGCUUGCGAUGAGUACAACUCUUUUGGUAGUGCUCUGAGCAACAGCAAGAUCAGAGUUGAACAAAAUCUAGCGCUGAAGCUCUACGGGCUGAAGGUUGGCCUUGCAGACAAAGCCUGGGCAAGCAUCGAACGACACUUGCACGUGUUCAGGCUUACAGCCCAGCAGUGGGAUGCUGAGGUCGAGUUGGCAUGUCUGGGUAGUUGGGUGCUACUCAAGAUGGAGGAGGCAAAGGAUGAUCAGGGUACCGCAAUUUUCAGUACUGCUGCCUUGAAGAUGUGUCGUGCACGCUUCAUCGAAGGGGACUUCAUGGAGGAUUUGGGGACGUUUUUGGCUUCGGCUGAUCCUUCCUUUGAACCCAAGUCUACGGUCAUGUGGAUUGAGAGUAGCCCUGAAAGUACUGACAGCAAACGAAACGAUGCUGCUUUGGGGGACGCUGAGAAGAAAAUCAUGCAACUUGAAUCUCAACAAAAUGAUGUGGCUUGGCAGUCGGAUACCUUGAAGCUGGCCAAAGAUGCAUCGAUGUGCGCCAAGCUUGUCCGACAAGCUGCAUCCAAUGAGAGGGCUGAUAGAUUGGCGAAGAUCACCCACAUCAAAGAGCAGAACAAGAUUGGGGCAUCGCUCAUCCAAACGUUUACCGACAACCAUUGUCAGCAUGUGACCCUUACUGCUGGUGAUGCUGAUGGGCUCAAAAAGAUUUUGACCAGAAAGUCAUCGCAUACAGUGGCAUUCGUGUUGGCACCACACCUUGUGAGCGCCAAAACUGUCAAUGCCACCAUUCGUGGAGAGACAAGGUGUGAUACACCGCCAUCAGCCAAGCGGGUCCCCAUGCACUACCCGGCUUGGCUUGUGGUUUGCGACUCCUUUGUCGACCAAAACAUUUGGAGCAAUUGCCAACUCAUGAUGGACAGGACGACUCGGACGACCGUACCCUUUGCUGCGGAGACACAGUAUGUGGUGCCUACUUCUGGCAAAGAUGCGUUGCCACUGGCAUCAGAAGGGCCCAGGUCGAUGUCGGACGUGCAAGAAAGUGCGCAAAUCUUGGCUGGGCAGCAGCUACCGACUGCAGUGCUCUCAUCCAUUCUGCAUGGAGCAGACUUGGCUGCGAAGCUGGUUGGAGUUGUGAAUUUGACUCCAUAUGAUGCCCACCUGGAAUCCACAUGUGUCCACUGGCAGCAGAACCAUGGUUCGGACCAUCCUUUGCUGAAAUCGUUUAGCAUUUCUGAUGGUGCUGAUGAAGUGCUUUUCAGUGAGCGAGUUUUGGCAAACCAGCUACUGCAGGAGUGGAAGAGCGGCUCACCGAUCUUCAAAUGCUUUCGUCAAUAUGAUCCAAACUUUGAGCAGAACACCGGCCUGAAAUUGGAGGACUACCCACUGAAGUUCUGCCAGGUGACUCAUGACCCAUCCAAGAAGGGCAUCCAUCAAUAUGUCUUCAGUUUGCCUGUCUCGGUUCGAUCUCUCUAUAGCCGUGACAGUGUGAGGGCAGAAGAAUGGCAGAAAUUGAUCACUGACUUUGACCAAAAGUUUCAUUACUUCCUGGAUUCGGUGUUCCACAUCACCAGAACCCAGGAGGUCAUCGAGGUUCCUGAGGAAGAUGUGGGGGAGGCGGUCAAACCAUGGGAGCAAGAGCCCCAGGACUUGCAAUCUCUCAUGGACACCUACAUCGUGGAGAACAAGUUCGCUGCAGCCAUUCCUGGUGCCAUGUUGUAUCUCACCAAGGCUGAGACCCGUGCAGGUGAACGUGUUGAUGUCACCGCUGACCAGAAGAACAAACUCUUCAUGGUUGCUCACAUGGGAGUCUCCCUGGGCCAGAACGAGGUGGUUCUUUCCCACGGAAAGGCUAGCUUCAUGAAACAGGAGAAAGUUGCAAAGCUGCUUCGAGAAGGCUGGGAACUUGGGGCUGGACUGAGCCCUGCCGUGGAUCUCACUAGUACGGUUUGA